AUGGGUUACGUGCCCCACAGAUGGGUACAAGGAUUCGAUCUCUGCGAUGAUGAGAGACACUUCCAGCUGGUUGUAGCCAGGCGCGCCCGCCAAUGCCAGCCCCUUCGUCACGCCGUCUUCGCAGUAGCGGCGCGGCAUCUCUGCCGGCAUCCAAAAUUCCGGCCGGAACCAGGAGGCGUCGUUGUGUACCUGAACCAGGUUUUGCCCGACUUGACACCGCAGAGUGCAUUUGAGUAUAUGCUCCGCUGCAUACCCGCCUUGCAUGAAGUCUCUCGCACCCAAGACGAGGAAUAUCGCGAGAACCUGGCGGCGGCGGCCCUCAUCCUUCGCCAGUUCGAGGAGAUGGACCCGGAAGACGCCCAGAGCGCGGGCAGUUCGGACUCGGGAAACGGGAACGGCAAUAACAAUGUCAACUUUCUCGACAUCACAAAGGCAAUACUACGGGCGGCGCCGUCGCGAUGGUCCGGGUUGCUGAGCGCCGUGUACUGGGUCGCCGUGAGGCAGGAAAUAUACUUCGCGUUGACGCUGGGACGAUCACCGCAAAUCACCGCCCAGCCGGAUCAGGGGCGCGAGGCUUCUUUUGCGAAUCAGCUCAUCUGGUUCAUGUCGGAGGUCGCCAAGUGGAAGAUGGGAGAAAGGCUGGAAUCGGAGUGGGGUAAGCUUUCCCUGGCCGGCAACGCACUGGAUAGGCUUCCAGCUAACGUGGGCAUAGAGAGGUUAAGAAGCCAAAAAGAAGGGCUGGCGUUGGAGUGCGCACGCCAAUUCAUACCCAUAAUGCAGCGACCAGCGAACCGGUCGCAGGGUGAGAUCUUUCCUCUGAUCUGGUACGCGUCCGACGUCGAGGUUACUGCUCUGCAACAUUUCAUCUUGGCCAAGAUGAUUCUCGUCGCCGAAGAUCCCAGUUUGUGGUAA